AUGAAAGUAGAACACUUCAAUCUGUUAGCAACAUGCUUCAUGGUUGUUACAGUUUUAAGUCUAUCAGCACCAUCAAGAUCUCAAAAACAAACGCAUGGCAAAGAAGCUAAAUCUUUAAGGAAGAAAUACGACUCUGGCCAACUGCCUGUACUCAUUGGGUCGAGGGACCAAGAUUUUGUUGUCAAGUGGAGGGGUGAAAUGCUUAGUUGGAAAAACCUUUCUCAGUUGCUCCAUCAGCACAACAUCACAUUGCCACAAGAGGAGAACGUUCUUGCUGCAGUGCUUCAACUAAAGAAUUCUUCUGUGCAGUCGUGUCAAGGCAGAUGUUUUUUGAACGAAAGAAGACAUGAUAAUAAGACCUGCUUCUGUGACAAGCCUUGCAAACUACUGAGUGACUGCUGUUUGGAUUUUCAGACGCGCUGUGGCCACAUUGAAAAUGAUCUUGAUGACACAUCACUCGAAAGUAUGACAUGUGGAGACAUCAAUAACCCUUCGUGGCCAUCUGGGGUUAUCAUGAAAUCUUCUUGCAGUUUACACAAUCGUUAUACUACAAGCAACUGUCAAAUUGUUCAUCGCUUAAAUAUAACGCCGCAGAAGGAGCUGCCCGUCUUUGACUGGACGCAGAAUGUAACAUACAGGAGCAUUGUUUGCGCCAGAUGUAACAAAGCAGGAAACUUGUCAAUCUGGGGCCUCGAAGUUUCCUGCCCAAAGGCAAUUGGGUCAUUUCCUACUUUCGUUGACAUCACGGCUUUGAAGAGGUUUCUGAUCGAGCAUAAGAGAUGUUGGUGGAAAUAUGCACCAGGGCAACAUCUUAAGAGUCAACACAAAUCUUGUGUGCUGCAAGAUACCAAAUGUGCUUCGAAUCAGCUGCCAGUGAUGUCCGUAAUCAAAGAAUUGUGCUAUUCAUAUUCUAUGGUCUUUUCAGUGAACGUCGGACUUACUAUAGUUAAAUACAGAAACCCUCAUUGUGCUCUUUGCAAUUCUGGGGUAAAUUUUCGACAAUUUCCCUUUGUUGUGUUCGGUUCACCUUUGUCAAUCCUUUUGGAUGUAAGCUCAAACAUCGUAAACCCAGAAGAACCAACGAAUCCUCAAUCCGCGCUCACUUCUGGACCCGUUUCACCAGAUCUGACGCCACAAAUAGCAAACUGUACUUCAUCUAUCAACAAUUGUACGGUCACCUUUGGAGAUCAAAGAUGCAAAGUUUUCACUUCAGAAACUAACCAGUCAAUACAAAAUCGAUCUUCCUUGAACAACAGCCACCUGUCAGAUGUGAAGCUAGCGGAGAUCCGAAUGGACAAAAAUGUCAUGGCGCUGAAAGGAAAUGCUGUUUAUAUUUUGUGCCCAGAAAAUCCUACUGGACAAGCCGGUAAGGAUCCGGGGUAUGGCUUGACAAUUCUUAUUCAUGUCACCUUCGUUGGUACACUCUUGUCAAUUAUCUCCCUGUGUCUUCUGCUCAGUGUUUACUUGUCUUUCAAAGAACUUAGAAAUUUACCUGGGAAAUGUCUCAUGAAUCUCUCCUUGUCGUUGCUGAGCUAUCAAACAAUUUUUCUUUGUGCUGAAAAGUCGACAGAAGUCGUCGCUCUUUGCAAAGCAGUGGCUAUUUUUCUCCAUUUCUUUAUACUCGCUGCAUUUGCGUGGAUGACUGUGAUAGGGUUUGACACUGCAAAUACUUUUACAAUGCAAGUGACUGACACAAGAAGGCAACCUUCAGACGUCAGCAAGAUCUUCAUCAAGUAUUGCAUUGUGGGAUGGGGACUGCCUGCUGUGAUUGUUGCUUUGUGUUCUGUCCUGGACUUUACCGGAACUUUUCAUUUGGGAUAUGGAAAUUCGAUUUACUGCUGGAUAUCUCACGGAAGAGCGAUAGCUGUUGCUAUGGUAGCCCCUGUGAGUCUUGCUUUGUUGUUCAACGUUGUGUGCUUGGCGAAGAACGUGCAUGUCAUUCGUCACUUGCAACAGGCCGCCAACUUAGCUACAAACAACAGUUCACAAGCUUCACUGAUCUUUAUCUGCAUCAAGCUGACCGCAGUAAUGGGGCUCACCUGGAUUCUGGGACUUCUGGCAAAUUGGCAUCAAACUGCAUUCCUGCAUUAUCCUUCCACUGUGUUAAACAGCAUGCAAGGGUUUUUCAUUGCGUUGUGUUUCACUGCCACCAAGAAAGUGCGAGGUCUCAUCAAGAAACGAUGGAAUACGGCAGGUGAAGCUAACGUACGCGUCCCUCGGGAUCGAUGUACGGGAGAUACUGAAGAUGUAACAGCUACAGGCUUUAACAUGCUUAAUAUGAAGAACGUAUAA